AUGGGAGGUAGUGGUGAUGAUGGCCAUUCUUUUGGAUUAGUUUCUAAUUCUACAAAACAUGAUAAAUAUUCUGUUAUCACAUGUUUAGAAAUUCUCGUCAAUGAAAUUGCUAGUAUGAUGCUUGAUGUAAAACAAAUUAUUUUUUUUUCUGAUAAUGCAUCUAGUCAAUUCAAAAAUCGUUAUAUUAUUAAUCAUUUAACAACUAUGCUUGAUGUAUUAGAUAUUGAUUUUAGUUGGAGUUACUUUGCCUCUUCACAUGGAAAAGGUGUUGUCGAUGGUGUUGGAGGCACUUUAAAAAGGCUUGUUUGUGAAACAAUCGUUUGUCCAUCAUCAUAUAAUUUAAUAUUCAAUGGAUGUUAUAAAAUGUACAAUGGUACACAUAUGGCAUGGUCUGAUGCUCGACAAUAUUGUAUUAAUGAUGCAAACACAUUAGGAAUUAAUCAAACAGGUUAUAUUACUCAUUUGGUUGCAUUGGAGUCGGCUACUGAAAUAAAAUCAUUAUUUUUUUGGAUGAAAGCUUGGGGUAUACAAAGUCAAUUUUGGAUUGAUGGUGUUGUUAUGUCAUCAUCAUGGAGUUGGUCAAAUCAAUCAAUAACAUGGUAUUUCAAUUCAAGUGAUCAAAUACUUAAUCGUAAUGGAUCAUAUUAUCAAAUUUUCUAUGAUACAGCUCAGACUACUUAUGACAUAAGUGAUGAUAUCAAUAAUAAAUUAUUACCUUUUAUUUGUGAAUAUCAAGAACAAUGUGAAACAAAUAAUGCAUGUCAAAAUAAUGCCACAUGUUAUUUAAAUGUUGGUCGAGAACUUUGUAUUUGUGCAGCAGGAUUUACUGGAGCAAUGUGUGAACAACAAAUUGAUGAAUGUUUAUCGUCACCCUGUCAACAUGGGGGACAAUGUACUGAUGGUUAUAAUAAUUAUACAUGUGAUUGUUCAGAUAUAUUUUUUCAUGGAUCAAAUUGUGAAACACCUGAUUCUGAUCCAACAAAAAAUCAACGUUCAGCUGCAUUUUGGACUGUUUUUGGUGUUGUAUGUUGUUUAGUAGUAUUAUUAACAUUAUCAGAUUUACCAUGGGAUGAAAUAUCUGCUUCUAUUGAAUGUCCAUGGUAUCGUUUUAAAUGUUGUUUAAAUCAUGAUGAUGAUGAUAUUGAUAUGAAUAAUUUUCGUUUACCUGAUUCACCUACAAAUGAAAAUAAUUUAAUAAUAAAACAAAUUAUAAUGCCUGGUACAACAAAUAAAGGAAUUAAUUAUCAUAUUAUGAAUACAGUAUGGAAUCCAGAACAAUUACGUAAUGAAAUUCCAUCAAAUCCUCAAUCUAAUGGAUAUCGUUCAUUAGAUCAAAGUAAAACACCUGAUAAUACACAUAUUCGAUCGUUUGCUUCUGUAUUUAUGGCAAAACAAAAACAAAAAGAAUUAGAACAAAAACGUAUUUAUGCGGUUGAUAUAAAUGAACAAAAUAAUUCAACAUUAAAAACAAAAGAUCCAGUUGAGACAAUGAUUAGUUGGACACAACAAUUACAACAACAAUUAAAAUCUAAACAAUCUCGACCAACAAGUGCAAGUUCAACAAAAGAAUUAAUACAAAUGAAAGAUACAAAUGAAAAUUAA